GAGGAGGGGUUGAAGUGCGGAAGGUCAGGUGGGCAGCAAGCAGCCAAAUACGGCCAGUUCGCUCGUGGCAUCCGUUGGAAGGAGACGUUGUUCUGAUCUGUAAGAUGAAUUCUGUGUGGCUUGUUUUGGUGUUGGUUUCCUGGCAACUAGGAUGCUACAGAGCGGCUCAAUACAGUCAGACUGGUUCACAAACUGGUAAUGCAGCUGGGACUAACGCGUUUACUGGAUCUUCGCCAUCGUUUAACGGUGCUCCACAACAAGGGGCUGCCGGUGCGGGUGUCCCAGGUUCAUUCGUUAGCGGCUCUGGGCAAGCAGGGGCUUUCCGUCCUGGUGGGCAAUCGCAGCAGCAGCAGCAGCAACAGCAGCAGCAGCAGCAACGACGUCAGCAGCAAGGUGUCCCUGCGUUCCCCACACUCAGCGGAGCUACUCGGCCUGGAGUGGGCGGCGAUCAGUUCCCCGUCCCUGAUCAGUUUGGAGGUUUCCCAGGCGCCAGGGGACCAUUCUCUACAUCAGUCGUUCAAGCUCAAGCCACUCCCACUCUUACUUUUACAGUUACUAACAACGUUUUCAUAACACUGACGGACCUUGUUCUGAACAGUGUUGGUGUAACUCAAACCCAGUUUGUCGCGCAAACGACCACAGUUCCAACUCAGCAGGUCGUGACAACCCCUGUAGAUGACAUAGUGGUUCUCGCUACGACUGUAGUUCAACGCCCGGAGUAUGUCACCGUCACCGAAACAAAGUCUGACUUCAGACUGACUAUAAGGACUUCAGUUACUCAUGUGACCAUCACCCACACGUCUUAUGCCAUCACCAACGUCCCGUUCACCAUCACUGCCACGGAAGUAGUAACUAUCACUUCGCCUGUUGUACGGACUGUGGUCAACACGCAGGUGUCCACGGUUACGGACUACCGCACAGUCGCAAAUACUGUAUUCGUCCACGGUUACAAUUAAACCAAAGAAACUGUUACCUGUACAUUAAGGUUAAAAGGUAAUAAAAUCAUUUCUA